AUGUCCGACUCCGGCUUCUUAAUCACCCGUCGCGCUUUCGAGGAGCUCUUCAACAGGCCCGAAUACGUUCCCUUGCAAACGGGUGGUCCCAAGACCCUUCUAAACUCUGAGAGAUACUGGGUGGACCGCCACGCCUGGUUCUCCCAAGCCGGCUAUACGUUCCGUCGGCGUUACCAACCGAAUUGGGUGCCGUCCUGGGCCUACUCCACACAUUGGCGGUAUUUUGAUGAUGGCCUCAUUCUCUCAAAUGGUAUCGUGAUGGACGCAACCAGGCGGGACCCAGGUCGCUCUCAAACGCGUGGAACUGAACAGUACUGA